AUGGCUACUGAAUUCUUCCAGAAUCUAUAUACACGUGAGGAAAAUAUCAACCCAGACAUCAUUAUUGACAUGCUUGAACAAUGCGUAAAUGAGGAGAUGAAUGCAAAUCUUUAUGCCCCGUUCUCUGAGAAGGAAAUUACUGAUGCACUAUUUCAAAUUGGCCCUCUCAAGGCGCCAGGACCAGAUGGCUUCCCGGCUCAUUUUCUUCAGGGAAAUUGGGGCUUACUGCGUGACGAUGUUGCUAGAGCGGUUCAGAGAUUUUUUCUUGAUGGUAUUAUGCCAGAUGAGGUGAAUGAUACUGCUAUUGUUCUUAUACCGAAAAAGGUUGAUCCAGAGGAGCUCAAGGACUUCAGGCCUAUAAGCCUCUGUAAUGUGAUCUUCAAAACUGGUUCAGCUGCUCGCAGGAAUUUUUAUGCGUACAAAUUGGAUAUGGCUAAGGCGUAUGAUCGCGUGGAUUGGAGAUUUCUUGAAGGGGUUUUAGCGAAGUUGGGCUUUCGUAGUCAGUUGAUACAGUGGGUGAUGGCGUCUGUCACCACUUGUUCCCCUGAGGUGCAGACGGUCUUGAAGGGAAUUCUGAAAUAUGAGACAGUUUGUUUUGAGGAAAAAUAUUUGGGCCUGCUGGUUCCUGAUGGGAGAAUGUCUAAGGGCAAGUUCAAACCAACAAAAAGAAAAUUUUCAAAGAAUGCUAGUGACUGGGCUGAAAAAUAUAUAUCCUCAAGAGCCAAAGAGAUUCUGAUUAAAUCUGUUCUCCAAUCUAUAUCUACCUACGCCAUGGGGGUUUUCGAAUUCCCCAUGGGUUUAGUGGAUGAUCUUCACAAGAUUAUUCGAGAUUUCUGGUGGGGCGAUGAGGAUGACCGCCGCAAAAUGCACUGGCUUGCUUGGGACAAAAUUACGCGGCCAAAAACUCAAGGUGGUGUUGGUUUCAGAGAUUUGAGAGUCCUCAACCAGGCGUUACUUGCUAGGCAAGCCUGGCGUCUUAUCCAAUUCCCUGAUAGUUUAUGUGCGCGUCUUCUUAAAGCAAGAUAUUACCCCUUUGGCGAUUUAUUGGAUACUGCUUUUAUUCAAAACCAAUCACAAACUUGGCAAGGGAUUGUGUACGGUCUUGACCUACUGAAACAAGGCAUCAUAUGGCGUAUUGGUUCUGGUUCUAAAGUGGGGAUUUUUAGAGAUAAUUGGCUCCCUAGACCAGGCACCAUGAAAGUGGAGGGUAGGAGGAAUAACUCCCGGCGGAGAUGGGUUUCCGAGCUCAUCAACCCAAUUACCAGAGCAUGGGAUGAUGUGGCGAUCAGGUCCUGCUAUUCGCCGACGGAUAGUGAUGCUAUUCUGUCGAUCAAACUCCCUGCUAGAGCCUCCGGAGACUUCGUUGCAUGGAGUGCUGAGAGUAAUGGCAUUUUCAGUGUGAGAUCAGCUUAUCGGAUUGGUGUGAACCCUAUGAUUCAACGCCUCUCCCAAGGUCAAUCUAGCUCCGAACCAUCUGGUGACCGUUCUAUUUGGAAGAUGGCAGUCGAAGACAGUCACCAUGCCCUGAUUAGAUGUACUCUGGCCCGUGCUCUUCGGGACGAAACUAGGAAGCUUUGGCGUCUACCCCCGGAGGAGGAUUUUGAGUACAAUGGCAAGGAGUGGAUCCUGCAACUCUUGCGCAGCAUUCCAAAGAGUGACCGGCCUAAGCGGCCCGUUAUACUGCGGACCAUCAUAGUUCUUAAGAUCCGCUGGCUCUCACCAAGUGGAUAG